CUGGUUUCUUUUCUUGCAAGUCGCCAUCAGAUCUGCAAUUUGGAGGGAGGAAGGGAGUGAUGGCAAACGCAAAUCCACAAUACACCGAAUCCGUGUCACAAAUUUUCGAGAGGUAAUCAAAUCAAAUCAAUCCCAUAUUCCAAUUCCCUAUUUUUCCUGUCCGAAUCUUAUCUCUUCCUCUCGAAACCCUCUUCUCCAUUCGUCGUCUUCAUCUUCUUACAAUUUGUUUUUUAGGGUUAGAACCCUUUGAACAACCUUGUGGGUGUUUCUGUUCUUGAAACUCUUCUGGGGAUUUGUCUGAAAUUACUAAAUCUUGUGUGGAUUUGUAAUAAAACAUGAGUGAGUGAGAGAGAGAGAUCAGAGGAGUUAAAAAAUCUUAGCCAUAGAAAUGGGGUCGAGGGAGGAGAGGCAUAUGAACAAUCCAAACCUUGUCCCCUUGGCAGCAUUGAUAAGUCAGGAAAUGAAAAAUGAGAAAAUGGAAAAACCGACAGUUAGAUUCGGGUCUGCAGCACAGUCGAGGAAAGGCGAAGAUUACUUUCUAACGAAAACUGAUUGCCACAGAGUUCCUGGAAAUCCAUCCACAUCAUUCUCUGUUUUCGGGAUAUUCGACGGCCACAACGGCAAUGCCGCAGCCAUCUUCUCACGUGAUCAUUUGCUGAACUAUGUCUUGGGCGCCAUUCCUCGCGGCCUCGCCCGCGAGGAAUGGGUCCAAGCAUUGCCCCGAGCUCUCGUAGCCGGCUUCGUAAAAACAGACAAAGAAUUUCAGAGCAAAGGGAAGACAUCAGGGACAACGGCAACAUUCGUGAUCGUUGAAGGAUGGACGGUCACCGUCGCGUGCGUCGGAGAUUCGCGGUGCGUGCUCGACUCGCAGGGCGCCAGCGUCUCCGAUUUGACCGUCGAUCAUAGGCUCGAAGAGAAUGCCGAGGAACGAGAACGUGUAACGGCUAGCGGAGGUGAAGUCGGGAGGCUUAGCAUUUUUGGCGGGACUGAGGUUGGUCCUCUAAGGUGUUGGCCGGGUGGUUUGUGUCUGUCCCGAUCCAUUGGGGACAAUGAUGUCGGAGAAUUCAUCGUUCCAGUACCAUACGUCAAGCAAGUGAAGCUAUCGAAUGCCGGUGGGAGGUUAAUAAUUGCAUCGGACGGAAUAUGGGAUGCGUUGUCGUCGGAACUCGCUGCGAAAUCGUGCCGUGGAUUGCCAGCCGAGCUUGCCGCAAAGCUAGUAGUCAAGGAAGCGCUGAGAACGCGGGGACUGAAGGACGACACAACAUGCGUCGUCGUGGACAUAAUCCCUCCAAACAACACCGAAUCGCUGGGUUCGCCUCCGCCAAAGAAAUACAGCAAACUCCAAACGUUGCUGUUUCGGAAGAAAUGCCCCUGCAAAUCUGGUGCCGGGAAAUUGACGAAGAAGCUGUCUGCCGUGGGGAUCGUGGAGGAAUUGUUCGAGGAAGGAUCGGCAAUGCUUGCUGAAAGGCUGGGGAAAGGGAAAGACGAAUGGAGCGGCGUAUUCAUAUGCGCCGUAUGCCAGGCUGAUCUAGCGCCGAAUGAAGGGAUAUCGGUCCAUGCGGGUUCGAUAUUUUCGAUGAGCUCGAAGCCAUGGGAGGGCCCUUUUCUCUGUGGCGAUUGUCGGAACAAGAAGGACGCCAUGGAAGGGAAGCGUCCGAGCCGAGUUAAAGUGCCUUAAGACAAAGGCUAUAAUAUGAAACCACUCUGUUGUUGCUUUCAUUACAGAUAUAUAUAUAUAUAUAUAUACAUAUGAAUGUAUAAAAUGUAUGGUUUGUGCCAUGAUUUGAUGAUGAGACGAGAGUGCAAUGUUAGGGAGUGAUUGAUUCUUUGAUGUAAACACUGCAUUGUUUAUAGUUCUUUGUUAAAUCUCCAACUAAAGGUAGAUAGAUAUUAACAUGAUCAUACGAAAUGAUUAAUUAUUUGAUUUAUUU